UGACGCAGAUGUUCUAGGGACUUGUAAUGUAAAAUCAUUUUUAAUAAAAUUUUCACACACUCACGAUGAAAAUUCGUGGAUAAUGAAAGUCAAAUAGUACUAUAAAUGUUACUGUUCCUUGCCAGAAUUCAUUCAUUCAGUAAUUACGAAUAAUAGUAUUGUGGCGCCAUCAUAAAUAGUACAAUAUGUGAAUGCAUUUAUAGUGCAUAGUGCAGUACUGUCAAUUAUCUACAACGUCAUACGCAUAAGGCAAUGAUUUUGGUAAGUUUUGAUGUCAAGGGAAGCAAAAAGUGAAAAUAGCUAUUGAAUAUUUGGAUCUGAGGUUUAAUAUUGAUGCCAAAUAAUAUCCAACCAUGGCAUCCGAUAAAAAAGAAACAUGUUCGUUACAAGACAGUGAUAUUGACAACUUGAGCAUUGACUCAAAUUAUAUUAAACCAGAAAGUCGUUUGCAAAGCCUUGGCUUUACUAUUGACAAUGGCAAGGCCAGAUUUAAAUUAGAUGAUGACACACCUGCAUAUUCAAAUGCAGCAUUAGGUAGUUUUAAUGUUGUCGACUCUGAUGACACAUUGUCCUUUGUAGUAUUAGGAAAAGACUCAUUGGACUGUAUUCAAGCAUCGUCGCUUGCUUCUUAUGUUGAUAUUCAUGAAAAGAGUAUGUCUAUUGAUUAUGGAUCCAUGAUAACUUCUUGGAAUUUAAAAGAAAUUCAACAGAAACUGAAGGAAGUGUUACAUGAGAACAACAUGUUAAAAGAAACAUUGAAACAGAACAAUGUAGCCAUGAAAAAACAGUUUAAUUCCUUAUCUGAUUGGCACGAAGAAAUUAUGAAAGUUCAUCAAAAUCAUAAAAAGAAGUUUGCUGAAACUAGAGAAUUAAUAAAUUACCUUAAGAAAGAGAAUGCAGAGUUAAAAAUGAAACUGACUACUGGAGAAUCUAAUAAUAUAGAAAUGGGUUACGAGAUUCUUAAUGCAAAUAGUCUACAGAAUGCCGUAAAAGAAAAAGGAUCUUCUAGUUCUGUAAAGGAACUCGAGGAAAAAGUAUCAUUUUUAACAGCUGAAUUAAAUAAUUCUAAACUUAAAUGUGAAAAAUUAACUUCUGAUAUAGAGAAGCUGGAUAGUAUAUCAAACCUAAUGAGUUCACAGUUAAUGGAAGCUACAUCUACAAUUCAAGAACAAAGGCUAAACAUAAAAAAGCUAGAAGUAGAAACUUCAUUGUCAAAGUCUAUUGAUUCCACUUAUUUUAAUCGAUCUCUCAAUAGUACUACCUCUCAACAAUCAAAGCCAGUUAAUAAUUGCAUGGAAUGUGAACAAUGUUCCAAAAAAGAUAAAGAAAUUAAUUCUUUAAAAGAAUCUAUUCUUGCACUUGAACGUAAAUUAGAACAUAUUACUACUCCUGUACAGUUUUGUAUAAAAAAUUCAAUGAAUUAUAAAAAACACCGUCAACAAUAUAUUCAAAAAGUUAAGAAUUUCAAUAAGAAGUUGAGAGAUUUUAUAUUUAGUUCCGCUAAACAAAUAGAACACUACAUAGUUGCAAACGUGUACCUAAACAAAAUUACGGAAAUGAUAGAACAAAUAGCUUCUGGUGAUAACUUAUCGUCAACUGAUCUACGAUUUACUAGUAAAAAUUUUGUCCAAAAAAGAGGGGAAUAUACCGAACAUUUGAAACAUAUUACCGGGUUACAGGACGAAUUACAGCGUGCUUUUGACGACUGCGAAUCUCUUAUGUCUGAUAUGGAUACAGUGUUGAGUACAAAUACUGAUGAUAGUGCAGUGAAAAAGAAUGAUGCUUCUGAAUCUGCACGAAAUAAUGAAGAAGAACAAGAAAAGUUAUCUCUUAGUAAAGAAAGGGAGAAACUGGAAGGAGAGAGAAAUAUUUUUAAUGAACAGAAAAAAAAUCUUGAAUUAGAACUAAAAAAUUUAAACGAUGCCAAAGAACUUCUGCGUCAAGAAAGAAUGAGUUUGCAUGAGGAAAAAUCAUCUUUAGACCAGCAGAGUAACCUGUAUAAAAGCCAUUAUAAAAAGACAUUGGAAACUGAAAAGAACAAAUUUGAAGCAAAGUAUGCUAAGUUAGUAAGCGAAGUUAGUACUCUGCAUGAGAGUAUAGAACAGAAGAAACUGUGUAUUAAAGAAUUACAAAGUGAAGUGGCACUUCAUUUAGAAAAUACCAAUUUAUUACAAACACAAUUAAAACUCUACGAGGAAGAUUUCAAUCACGAGAAAAAAAUUAAAGAAUCAUUAUUAGAUGAAAGAAAUAAUAUGGAUACAGAUUUACAGAAACAAAUUGAGUUUAAUAUAACAUUACAGGAAGAAAUUAAUCGUUUGAAAUCUCAAAUUAAUGGGAGUGCAUCAGAAAACCAAAGCAAUGCAACUCAAUUGGUACCUCCAUUGGUAUCAACAUUCUUAUGUCCAAAAUGUGAGACUGUCUUUAGAGAUAUGUUAUCUUUGGAGAAUCAUAUUGACCAUUGUUUAAGUUUGAAUUAAUAUUUACUUUUAUUAAUGUUUACAAUUAUUUUAUUGACUAUUAUUUUUAAGGAAGAUAAUUAUGAAACAUUAUAAUAACCAUAAAUGUUAUUACCUAGAAUUAUAGAGAUAUAAUAUAAAUUUGAAUGUACUAAACACCUUAAAUAAGAUGAAAUAAAAUAAAUAAUAUAAAUGUU